CUAAAAUGGAUCCACCUUGUGAAGUUUCAAAAGCACGAUGAAUAGAGACAGGCAGACUGCUAAGAACAUUCUACCCACCCUCACCAACAAUAAGCCUUCCUCUUAUGCCCUAGAGUAUGGCGACCCAAGAGUACCCUCUAGACUUGAUGUCCUGGAAUCAAGGCUCUACCACCAAGAGAAAACUUCAGAUACUUUACUAUCAAGAGCUUAUAAAAUCAAGGAAGACAUUAUAGACAGUCUAAACUACACACAUGGGACUUGGCAGGAAGAAAAGCAUGCCAGGGAAUUACUACAGGAGCAUAUUAAAACAAUCACUGCGGUUGUUAAAAAACUCAACAAAGAUAUUGAGAGCCUGGAGUCGGGAAUCAAACAGAAAGAAAAUGCUGCUGAGGGCACAUCAACUGCUGUGAAAAAUCUCGAAGUCCACCAUGUUGCGGGACUCACUGAUCUACGAGGACGUGUGGUGCGCUGUGAUGCAUCUAUAGCAAGGCUUUCAACAGACCUUAAGACGUGCCAGGACACAGUAAGGUCAUCCACUGGACAAUUUCAAAGUGAACAACAGAAAUUUCAAGAGAAGAUAAAUUACCUUGAGAGAAGGCUGCAGGAGAUCUCAUCCCAUUUUGACAAAUCAGCUGCAGAACAGACCAUUAUGGUAAAACAUGUAGAGGGCGAUACUAGUCAACAAUUAUCCAUCCUGGAUAACAAGACAAAGUCGAUGUUUGAGGACGUGAGGGGAUCUGUCAACACCAUGAAGGUAAUAGAGGAAUCAGAGCGAGAAAAGCUUGAGGCAAGACUUAUGGGUUGGUUGGACAGAAACUCAGCUGCAAGAGAGGCAAGACUGGAGAAGAUAGAGCGCAAGUUGGAGGAUCGGCUGGUCAGUGUUGAGAAACGUCUACAGAAGAUGGAGGACGACCAGCAGCGAGACAGAGAACGAUCUGCCAUCAUGCAACAGAUGAUUGAACAGAAACUUUCGCAAAUGUUAGAUACAACAAUGCAUCGUCACGGAGAUGAAAUACAAAAGGUGAAACGAGAAUGUCGCGAGGGAUUCUCCACAGUCCACGAGAGCAUUAGUAAUCUGAAGACCGUCCUAGAGGGAAAACGCAAACUCACAGAAGAGCAAAUGAGAAAAGAAAUCGGCCAAAUUCGAAAAAUGGUUGUACUAAUUUAACCUGGAGUCACAAAGGAAUUGAAGUCACAGUGACAUUGAAUGUCUUCUAUACAUAUUUUUAUAAUUAAAUAUAUACAAAAUGUAGAUAUACAAAUACUAUGCAAUGUAGAACAGAAAUUAAUAUGUCAUCCACUCACAACAUUCUAUUUGACGAGAACAAUUAAUGUAUGUCUUAAUUAUUCAUAUUCUCUUCCAAAUAUGUACAAACAUGUAUACAUUAUACGCAAUGUAGAACAAAAACUAUGUUAAGAAAUUGUCCCCUCACAUUUUUCAUUGUCUGGAACAAUGAAAUAUGAAUGUCUUCUACAUACUGUAUUUUUUGUCAAAUAUGUACAGACAAGUAUGUCUUGAACCCCUUACAAUCUAAGUACUUCACAGUAAGUGAAUUAAUAGUAUAGUAAAUAUUGUCA